GACAACUGGAACGUGCUUUCUUAAUAGGCAGUUUAUCGUUAUGGUUAGGAAGAUAAUGUCUAACUCUUGACCUUUUUAUGUAAAAUGAUAUCCCUCGUGUUCUUUAAUCUAUGCAUUACCAACUAUUAAGAUAGCUGGUAAACGUUGCUUGCUAGCCGGAGUUGACCAAUUAGCAAAGUAUUUGCACGGCCGUUGUUUCCAAGUAGAGCAUUUAAAUAGCAUGCUGUAAGACAGCGAUUUUAAACACAUAAAUAAAAAGCAUGGUAGCUUUUGGUAGGUUAUUGCGGAAAGGUAUAACAAAUGCUAUCAAUAUUUAAUAUUGUGUUGCUAACGCGGUUAAAUUGUCUACGCUUUUCUUCAGCUUACAGUUAGACUGGAUUUAAAGGGGACAAGAUGCGGGGCAUGGAUACCCUGGAUAACUUUGAGAUAUACAUUCCCAGAGAGGCAAAGGUAAUGACCGUCCCUAUGGGGUCCCUCCGAGUCUCCGUCCAGCAACGGAUGGGUGUGCAACGUUCUCGCAGCGGCCAUAGAAGCUCCAACCCCUCUGUCAUUUGGAUCUCUCCAGUGGUCAUCAGAGAGCGAGUACGUUCACUGAACAUGCUCGACACAUCUGACAUGGCCAAGAACAACAUGGCCUCGUUGGUGACCCAGGAGCUGAAGACCAUCUCUGGUCCUUACCACAUGGCCUUUGUCUCCUCCAACUGUCUUGCCUUAAGGAUCCUGGGAGAGUUUUUGCCAGUGCAAGUCAGUGGAAAUGAGAAGUGGCGGAUCCCUGCUCAGACUAGCCCUCUCCCCCAUGGCACUGCCACUAGAUGCCCCAAAGAUGCCAUCAUUAUCCACCACAGGAGGAUCUUUCUGUCACUCAAGAAACCUGAUCGAAUCACAGGCCCAAGGGGGAACUUUGUGACACCUGCUCUGCCCUUUAAGCCAAAGAGAAAGUUGGUUCUUGAAUCGCCUGCUGUUUCAUCAAAGCAAAUGUAUCAUCCUGUGUCUCCUGACGCUACUUGUUAUAAUACCUGGAGAGAGAGGGCAUUUCUUCAGAGGUUUGGUGUGACGCGCUUCAUUCAGGUGACUUUGUCCAGACUCCCCUCCCAGUACCCAACGCUUCCGCGGCCCACAUCACAGCAGGAGCCUAAGGGAGAGGCCCUCUACACACUCCAUAAUACAAAUGAACAAGAUGCAUCAAAUAGUAACGGGUCAUCAAAGAAGACACACAACACAAAUCUGAAACAAGAAGUGGAGGUUCUGAAUGUGGUGAAAAAUGACCCUGUGAACCAGGGGUAUGAACAAUCUCCCUCUAAAAUAUUCUGCCCUAACCCUCUAUCAAACAAAUAUAUUGAAGAGGUUGGUGGUUGCACUGGUAUUAAGUGUUCUACUCCUAAAAAGAAUGGCGAGGAGGAAGAUGGAACAGAAAAUGGCUGUGACGUUAAAGGCGAGGAGGAGAUUGAAGCUAGAAGUGGAAUGGAGGCCCAUGUUACAGAUUUCAACACGGUUGUCAUCAAAGGGGAAGACCCAACUUCUGACACCGAUGAAGAGUCGAGUGACAGCCCAAACGUCCAAAGGGAAUCCCAAAGCAACGACAGCGGCAUGCACUUAGAGAUGGACGAUACUGAAGAUGGGACUGUGGGAGGCGGUGGUCAAAUUUGGGGAGUGGAACAUCCGCUAGUGCCGGCUUUCUCAACCCCCGAGCAACAUUAUGGCUUCGACUUUGAUCAGUUGGCCCGCGAAGAAGCGAUCGACCGCAUCAGAGCCAAGCUAAGGGAGAGUGAGGCUGCCCUCUGUAGUUUUCGCUCUCUAAGAUGACUGUUUGUUGUCAUAGAAACGCUAAUACACUCUUCACAGUACACCUGGUAGACCGAUGUGUCUUGGACAAUCAGUUUAUCUAGAUUACAUUGAUAAAGGGGAUCUUAAAAGCACAAUUUAGUUUGUUGUCAUCACACGAGUUUAAUAUUAGUAUUUGGUGGUUUAGAUGGGUAGAUUCUUUGUUUCCCUAUCCAUUCAAGUCUUUCAUUGUUAGUAUUGAAGCCUUAAAAUCCCUCUUUUGGUAAAGACAAGUGAAUAACUAUUAAUCAUGGGAAAGGACAGACAGGCUCACUUAACUGCAAGUUUACAUUUUAAGUUCUAUGAAUUUUCAGAUGAAUUUUCAAUCAAACACUUAUGUUAGAAUGUAAUGUACUUCAACAUUUAAGUUAUGAAAUGCCACAGUAUAACCCAGAACAUUACAGUUGAGUUAUUCACCUAACAUUGAAUGUAUUGUAAAGGAUCGAAACCUUCUACAAUCACCGAUAAUUGGUUCACUAAAGUUCCAAGUCUAAUGGUCGCUCUGAAAUACAAUAGUUUUGUUUAUUUAUUUUUCUUUGUGUGUUUCUAAUGCGACUGACCUUGUUCAAUAAAGGGAGAAAUGUCUGUACAAAGGCAUUGUUUUGUUCUUGUUUAUC